CGUUCAACCAUAGACAGGUCAUCAUGUCUCGCAGUUUGUGCGCGCUUUUGGCGAUUCUCAUCGUACAUUUGGCCAUUGCCACACCACAAAACUCUCCAACUAUCGUCCCGCAAAUCCGCACUAAUGGUUUUCAACUGGAGCCUCUAAACCAGGAAUACUUCCUCAGAAUUGAACAUCCAGGUGGCACUAUUCGCCAGGAAACCGUGAAGCAGAAUGAAGCUGGUCAUCUGCAAGUCAACGGAGUGAUCAAUCAGCCCUUUGAGGAUCAGGGUGCCAAUCUUGUUCUGACUUACCAAGCGGGUCCGAAUGGAUACGUUGCAAAAUACAGUUUCGGCAAGGGUCCUCCAACGCCCCCUCCUCAGACCCCACUUUUCCUUAGUCCCGCUGCCCUAAAAACCACAGCUGGAUAAAAUUUAGUAUUAACUGUGCCUUAAAUAGGAUAAAACAUUUUUGAGAUUGGAAA